CGGGAUUCCUCAGCGAACCGGUGAAUCCAGACCGGCAGGUGUUCGUCACUAGCAAGUUCUUUAUUGUUUUCGACGGCACUAAAUGAGCCAUUUCCCUGCAGGGAAUUAUUUUUUUCCUUUUCUCAUAUUCAUUUCAUACAUUUUAAGCGUCUGUGUGGUUUGUGUAUUACACACUCAACUGCCACGUUCAUCGGGUACACUUGUACAAGAACUGUGCAUGUGCAAUGCAAUAAUCUUGCUUUGCGAAGAUAAUGGGCCAUUAACGCUCAUUUUUGGUUGACGACGUCAAUACGUUGCUCCAUGUAAAGACAAACAAGCACCCAGGAAGUCCACCAUGAAGAAGACAAAGCAAAUCAACAUCAAGCAGACCCUCGCUCUGGCCAGAGCCUUUCACUUCCUGUACUCCUGUGGCAAAUCCUGCCUGCUCCCCUUCCUCACGCUGUACUUCCGGCAGCUAGGCCUCACUCCCGAGAUGACGGGCAUCGUCAUGGGCACCAAGCACCUCAUAUCACUGGUGUGGCGCCCUCUGGCCAGCCUGCUCGCCAAGAUGUACAACAAGAGGCGAGUGGUUGUACACGGUUCUGUGAUGUGUUCAUCCGUGGUGGCGCUGGUCGUGAUUCUUUUCCCGCCUGUAGAUCUGCAAUCGUAUGUUAAUACCUGCAAUGGUUCUAAUCUGGAAAGCACCCCCAUUGAGUCUCACCAAAAAGUCAGCACCGCUCCUUCCUCCCAAUCUACUUUGACCUUUCCUGCUGAUGCUAUCCAUGGCAGAACAUCUGUUGCAGCAGACAGAAUUUCCCAGCUUCCUGUGCUAAGAAUAAACAGAACAGCAGAGCCAAAAAACAGCACCUCUGUUGAGGUCCACAUGACGACCCUCGCCUUGGUCAGGAAGAAGAAGUCUCUGGACACGGAGAAACAUAAUGAGAAAGGUCAAUUAGAUUUUCUGUCAAGCCUGAAGAUGAUGGACGUUCAACACCAACUCUUCUUCUUGAUACUUAUCACUGUGUGUGCAUGGGAGCUGGUGGCAGCCCCUCUAGAGUGGACAGCAGAUGACGGCCUGUACGAUUAUCUGGACUUUGCCGACGCUUCUGACCACUACAGCAGCACCGGGGUGUGGCCUUUACUCGGAGCCGCAUGUGGCGUCGGUGGAGCGGGGCUGCUGGUCAGCCGGUUAAACUGUUUAAUCUUUGGUCACACCUCCAGGAGUGCCGCGCACUUCUUGUGCUACGCCGGCGUGUUAUCGCUGGCUCUGGUGGUUGCAGCCUUCCUCCCGCUGUACCUGAACAAGCAGCAAGGCAAGGUGAGCCGGCUGUUCAAGGCCGUGCAGCUGGUGCGCGCUUCCCAGCGAGCGCUGCUAUGUGCGGUCACCGCUCUGCUGGUGGGGGUGACACGCUCCGCCGUGGACAACUUCCUCUUGUGGCAGAUGCAGGAUCACGACAGCACCGAGCUGCACAUGGGGGUGUCCCUCGGCUUCGCGUUGCUCUCGCAGGCCGCCUUCCCUCUAGUUGCUGUCCGACUGACUCGGCUGCUCAGCUCGGGAAGGCUGCUCACGCUGGGGGCAGCCACUCUUGGAUUACAAUGCUUGUAUUACUCUUUCCUGUGGGGGCCGUGGACGGUGCUGCCUGCACAAUUUUUAAGCUGUUUCAGCUGCGGAGCCUUUUGGUGGGCCGUGAAGGUGCAGAGCGAUGAUGUUGCCACUCCGGGAACAGAGAGGAACAUAAAGAGGCUGUACAAUGCAUUGUUUUUAGACUUGGGGAGUGCACUGGGAAGUUUCGCCGGGGGGUUCGUGGUCCGCCGGUUUGGGCUCGUAUGGCUCUUCAGGGGCGUGGCCGUGGCUCUGUUGCUGUGGUGCGUAUGCCUGCCUCCGCUCCAGUGGAAUGCCCCCAACCAGUACAGGAUCAAUUAUUCUCGCCUUUUGGCAGCAGAUGCAAGUGAGGCCAGUGACUCUGAGUCCGAGCAAGAAAGAGACUGGCUCGAGAAAGCAAUGGAAGACGACCGCACCGUUACCAACAAUUACGGGAAGACACUAAAGCGCUAACCCCUACAGCCCGAUCACAGAAAAUGAAUACGGCAAACACUUAAGUGGAAUCUUUUAACACAAAUAUAGAACAAUUUUGCCCAGUUUGGAGAAAUGUAUUCAGUCCACACAAUGCUGUCUCUCUGUUACAGACAAGAUUCAAUGAAUCCCCACUAUUUAUCAAGAUAGGGAGCGAGCCCUGAAGCGAUUAGCGAAAAUCUGUGAAAAUAAUUGAUGACGCUCCCACCGAGAGAUUUCUAAGCACCUAUAGAGUUGUGCUCAAAACUUUGCAGAAUUUGUAAGAUGUGUAACAUUCUUUCAAGGAAAAUGUAUUUUUAAUGGUAUUCAAAUUAAACUACAAUCGAAUGCGUUUGAGAGUAGUGCAAUCGUUAACCAAAACCUGGCAUUAAAGAAAAUAAUGAGAUGGUCCUCAUCAGUCAUAAUAUUCCCCCAAAUUACCCAACAAUUCACAAAUUCUUCCAGGAUGAGAAAGCAUUUGAGCAAAACGUAAGCUGCUACAAGAUGGCAACCAAGCACUAUUUGGAGCUAAACAACACUCCUCAACGGACGUCAAGAUAUUUUCGAGACACCACGAUGGCACAAGAUCGCAGCAAAACCUUUUGGGUCUAAAUGAAACUGCGGAUUUCAACACAAUUGACACGAAUAGUUUGAUUGCUUUGUUUUGACUUUUUCAGUAAUUAACGAGAAUAAAUAAAUCAGCUAAUAGGUGAGUUUGUGAAGGUUGAAACUAUGAAUUUGGAGAGGUUUAAUGUAGUCUUUAUAUGAGAUGACAAAAGAAUACCCAUCCACCAUAAAAUAAUCUACUUUGAGUCAUUUUUACACCCUCGCAUUGACUCUUUUGUUGUUUUAUGGAGUGGGGGCAUCAAAUGUCCUGAAAUGUGUAAAUGCACACUAGGCCUUCAGCCCAAGUCAAACACCUAAACGGGAUUGUUUACAAGAAGCAGGCUCAAUUGUCAAUCCUCUUACUGGAUCGCAAAUACAACAUUGUGUACACAAGGCGAUGUUAAACUACUGUGGUGUCCUAUUCCAUCACUCCCAUGUGGCACAUAAUCUGUUUAACUGCUUGUGAAGCUAAAAUGAGGUGAAUUGAGGAUUUUUUUCAAGUCUGUGUAAUAUUUGUGUUGAGCAAUAAAUUGUUACAUUCAAAACCAAAUCUUUCCCUCUUUACUGUUGUGUUGUAAUGAAUGAAUGAACACUGCUCUCCAAGGAGCUCCCUAAAGUAAACAGAUGCAGUCCGAACUUGCUCAACAUCUGGCCGGCCCCGCUAGAGCCUGUUGUGCGAAACCGAGUCAUCCGUAUUUUGUCGUUUACAGCCAAACUCAAUCAGGUUAUUCUGAUGAGAGAGCCAGCUCUGUCGUUCUGAUAUUUUUGCGGUAAGAGCUCAGUAGAGUGUUAAAAAUUUGCAGCUGUCCCGCUCUUAUUUGCUUUUUCAAGCCUGUGAAGUAGGACAGGCUUGCAACCUCCAGCAUGCCGCUUUGAAUAUUGUUCAUGUUGCGAGGCAUUCAUAUCAGGCCUUUCUGAUGGUCUAAACACCCAUGAUGUAGUCUACUGAUGUAGAAUUUAAAGUCUAAUAUAUGUUCUAUAAAAUUGUGUGAAUUUCCCCC